AUGAAAUCUGAGGCAAAUCCAGCCGUUGCCACUGAAGCAACUAAGGGUAAGAACGAUUCCGUAUACGUCCGCAUUUUUAAACCAAAACUGAACAAGGUCAAAAGUGCAAAUACCAGUAAUGGAGACGACACGGGCUACGGAAGGCAGACAUAUGCCGCCGAACUGUACCAUAUUGACCAGGUCGGUACACCGGAACAAGUGUGCAGUUGA